CGGGGAGGGCGGGAGCGAGCGGAGCCCGCAGCGAGCAGCGACCGGGCCGCCGCCGCCUCCGCCUGCGCAGCGCCCGCACCGACCCCGCAGCGCCAUGGCGGCCGCGGCCGCCGAGCCCAGCACCGGCCGCUACCAGCAGCUGCAGAAUGAAGAGGAGCCGGGCCAGGCCGUGCCGGGCGUGAGCGAUGCCCCUCCACCCUACAGCAGCAUUUCUGCAGAGAGCACAGCUUAUUUUGACUACAAGGAUGAGUCAGGGUUCCCGAAGCCGCCGUCCUACAACGUGGCCACCACUCUGCCCAGCUACGACGAGGCCGAGAGGAGCAAGGCUGAGGCCACCAUUCCCUUGGUUCCUGGCAGGGAUGAUGACUUUGUGACACGAGAUGACUUUGAUGACACUGACCAGCUGAGGAUAGGAAACGAUGGCAUUUUCAUGCUGACUUUCUUCAUGGCAUUCCUCUUCAACUGGAUCGGAUUUUUCCUGUCUUUCUGUCUGACGACUUCAGCUGCAGGACGAUACGGGGCCAUUUCUGGGUUUGGUCUGUCUCUUAUUAAGUGGAUCCUUAUUGUCAGGUUCUCCACUUAUUUUCCUGGUUACUUCGAUGGCCAGUACUGGCUUUGGUGGGUCUUCCUUGUACUAGGUUUUCUGCUGUUUCUCAGAGGAUUUAUUAAUUAUGCAAAGGUUAGGAAGAUGCCAGACACGUUUUCCACUCUCCCCAGAACCAGAGUUCUCUUUAUUUACUAAAGAUGUUUUCUGGCAAAUGUCUUCCUGCAUUAGUGAAAUCCCCCCCAAGAAGCAGCAGGACACCUGCAGGAAGUGAAUCAAGGCUCUGGAGCAGAAGAAAAAAUAAUCACCUGCUUUAAAAAAAAAAAAAUAAAUAAAAGUACUGUUGGAAAAAGAAAAAAAAAAAAAGGAGAAGCAUUUCUUUCGAUUUGUUUUUAGGUGUAAAAUUUUAAUAAUUAACACAGAGUUCUGUAAUUGUUGACUCAUUAGUGGCUAAUGUUUGAAGCAGCUCUUGCAGUGAGUCUGGGACUGCCGAUGCAGCCGUUCAGCCGGAGUUUGUGGUGCUUGGGCAGCAGGAGCCGUCCUGGGGCCAGCAGGGGCCAGGCUUGCUUUAGUUCCUCCUGCAGCCUGGGAGCUGCUGGGCUCUGCCUGUGCUGGACUGUGACAGCCUGUCCUGGGCUCUGUGUGUGUGUGUGUGUGUGUGUGUGUGUGACAGCCUGUCCUGAGCUCUGUGUGUGUGUGUGUGUGUGUGUGUGUGUGUGUGACAGCCUGUCCUGAGCUCUGUGUGUGUGUGUGUGUGUGUGUGUGACAGCCUGUCCUGGGCUGUGUGUGUGUGUGUGUGUGUGUGUGACAGCCUGUCCUGAGCUCUGUGUGUGUGUGUGUGUGUGUGUGUGUGUGUGUGACAGCCUGUCCUGGGCUGUGUGUGUGUGUGUGUGUGUGUGUGACAGCCUGUCCUGGGCUCUGUGUGUGUGUGUGUGUGUGUGUGACAGCCUGUCCUGGGCUCUGUGUGUGUGUGACAGCCUGUCCUGGGCUGUGUGUGUGUGUGUGUGUGUGUGACAGCCUGUCCUGGGCUCUGUGUGUGUGUGACAGCCUGUCCUGGGCUGUGUGUGUGUGUGUGUGUGUGUGACAGCUUGUCCUGGGCUGUGUGUGUGUGUGUGUGACAGCCUGUCCUGGGCUCUGUGUGUGUGUGUGUGUGUGUGACAGCCUGUCCUGAGCUCUGUGUGUGUGUGUGUGUGUGUGUGUGACAGCCUGUCCUGGGCUCUGUGUGUGUGUGUGUGUGUGUGACAGCCUGUCCUGGGCUCUGUGUGUGUGUGUGUGUGUGUGUGUGACAGCCUGUCCUGGGCUCUGUGUGUGUGUGUGUGUGUGUGACAGCCUGUCCUGGGCUCUGUGUGUGUGUGUGUGUGUGUGACAGCCUGUCCUGAGCUCUGUGUGUGUGUGUGUGUGUGUGUGUGACAGCCUGUCCUGGGCUCUGUGUGUGUGUGUGUGUGUGUGACAGCCUGUCCUGGGCUCUGUGUGUGUGUGACAGCCUGUCCUGGGCUCUGUGUGUGUGUGUGUGUGUGUGUGUGACAGCCUGUCCUGGGCUCUGUGUGUGUGUGUGUGUGUGUGUGACAGCCUGUCCUGGGCUCUGUGUGUGUGUGUGUGACAGCCUGUCCUGAGCUCUGUGUGUGUGUGUGUGUGUGUGUGUGUGUGUGUGUGUGACAGCCUGUCCUGGGCUCUGUGUGUGUGUGACAGCCUGUCCUGGGCUCUGUGUGUGUGUGACAGCCUGUCCUGAGCUCUGUGUGUGUGUGUGUGACAGCCUGUCCUGGGCUCUGUGUGUGUGUGUGUGUGUGACAGCCUGUCCUGAGCUCUGUGUGUGUGUGUGUGUGUGUGUGUGUGUGUGUGUGUGACAGCCUGUCCUGGGCUCUGUGUGUGUGUGUGACAGCCUGUCCUGGGCUGUGUGUGUGUGUGUGCAUCCUGUGCUGUGCAGUGUGUGUACUCUGUGUCCUGUCCAUUCCAUGUAUUCCAUGUACUCCAUGUCCUCCAUGUCUUCUCCUGUCCAUCCCCUGUCCCUCUCCUGUCCCUCCCAGUACCCCAUCCCCUAUCCAUCCCCAUACCCCAUGUCUUGUUCAUCCCGUCCAUCCCGUGUCCUUCCCCGUACCCCGUGUCCUGUCCAUCCCCUGUCCCUCCCCGUACCCCAUGUCCUGUCCAUCCCCUGUCCAUCCCCUGUCCAUCCCCUGUCCAUCCCCUGUCCCUCCCCGUACCCCGUGUCCUGUCCAUCCCCUGUCCAUCCCCUGUCCCUCUCCUCUCCAUCCCCUGUCCAUCCCCUGUCCCUCCCCGUACCCCGUGUUCUGUCCCUCCCCUGUCCAUCCCCUGUCCAUCCCAUGUCCCUCCCCUGUCCCUCCCUGUACCCCGUGUCCUGUCCCUCCCCGUACCCCGUGUCCUGUCCAGCCGCGCUGGCAGCUCAGGGCUCACUCUGGAGCUGAGGUGACAGCUCGGGGUGGCUGUGCUCCUGCAGUCCCUCAGCACCCAGGGGCCUGUGAGGAAAAGGGGCUGCUGCAGUCCAGACUCCGAGGUGGCAUUGGGAAUUUAGAGGUGGCACAAGUAUUAACUUUUAACAGUCUUUAUUCUCGGUGUUGUAGUAUCCUUUCCUUUCGCACCACCAACUUUUUGGGCUCUCCGGGGGUUUUCACGGAACAAGUCUGUAGUGUAAAACCGAAAGAUCAUGUUGCAACUUUGUAUAAAAACCAUCUUGCAAAACAAAGGCCUUUUUUUUUCUUUGGCUUGGGACUUUUGAGACAAUUCCUAACGUACCUGUAAUUCUUGCUUUUAUAAUUUGUGUUAGCGGAGACUCUGAUGCGUUGGAAAUGUAGAUUUAAUGUGCACUCCUGUGCUUUCUGCCAAGUGAUCGUUCACUUUGGAGUUUUACUAUGUUCAACCUGUAAAUACAGCAGAACAUCAAUAAAUGUCACUUCUGUAGCAA